AUGGCAACUCGGCGCGCACAAAGGACUUCGUCCGCAGGUCCCUCGCUGGGCUUCCCUCGGGUUUACCGGGGCUCUCACCCGGUGUGGUCUGACCGCAAGUCCAGUGCGCGCCCUACCAACACCGCCGUCGUGAGGGAGCUCCCCAACCCCACCGAUACACAUCAGCAAGUGCUGCGAGAGCGAGGACGCUCCGCAGCACCUACGAGGCCCAGGGCCGCUCCAGGCCCACCACAAAGACCGCCCCGCCGUUGA